AUGUCAACUAUUAAUCAAUUAGUUAGAAAACCGCGCCGAGCCAAAAAACUUCGCCGAAAAAAUCAAGCCUUAGCAAGCGGUUGGAAUAGUUUAAAGCGUGCCCAAUUUGAGCAACCUAGUCCCCAAAAAUCGGGAAACUGCAAAAAAGUCGGUAAACUAACUCCCCGUAAACCUAAUUCUGCCUUUCGCAGUUUUGCUCGUGUAGAAUUAAGUAAUAAAAAAGUAGUAACGGUCUAUGUUCCGGGCGAAGGACAUAACCUCCAAGAUUUUUCGGCCGUGCUCGUUCAAGGCGGCGGAGCCAAGGACUUAGCCGGAGUAAAAAAUAGUGUAAUACGCGGAGUAGCAGAUGCCGCCGGAGUAAAAGGACGAAAACAAGGUCGUUCAAUUUAUGGAGUGAAGAAACCUAA